GGCGGGAGCGCCCAUUUCUCCGCCCACACCACAUGACCAGACCUUCGCCUUGCGCCGGAAGUGCUGUCAGAUCGACGCCUUGAGACAGAGUCGUGCGUUUCCGCUGGAUUUUAAAAAUGAAAUGAAGCCAGGUUAAAAAUGUGAGAAGGAGAAGCAAGAUAAGUUGUGAAUUUGAUUGUAUUCCUCCCCUCUGACAGCUUACUUUUCUUGUGAAUACAUUGCAGAAUGCCUGUCCUGUCUUAAUGGUGGGUCUUGCAUGUCCAUCUGGUCACACCUUGGAUCUCCUGGAGCACAGAAGACUCUGGCGUUAUACAUGCUGUUUUGGCCAGCCACAGGGGAAUGGAAGCCAAUGUGACUGUGACAGCACAGUGAGCAGACAAGGACCUGCCUUAGCUUAAGCAAGCCAUACAAUAUGGCUCGUGAAGUUCAGGAUUUUGCAAAAGAUAGCGUUGAAGACAAUUUUUCUGAGGGAUAUAAAUUACUGGAGAAAAUUGGAAAGAAGAAGACAGAAGAUGCUGAGAAAAAACCCCAGACCAAGCCAAAGCCUAGGACUGCACAGUCUUUUUACUGUGAGCUGUGCAGUCUUUCAUGUUUUGUUGAGUCCCAGCUGAUGAUGCAUAUAAUGGGAAACACGCAUCGAGAGAGGAUGGAAAAGCGAGCUGUCGGGAGUGGAGAACAAAAUGUGGACAAUCUGUGCCCCCUGUAUGACUAUGCGAAGAACCCCAGUCGUCGUGAGCCUGUCAUCGGGCUGGAGUUUGUGGUGGAGUUUGUCUGCAAGACCCCUUCCCUCGCUCCUCAGUAUUUCUGCACCUUGUGCCGCUUCAUAUCCCGGGCAGAUUUUAUUUUUCACAUAAUCAGUUGGAAGCAUCGAUACAAUUAUGUGAAGAAGGCUUACCCCCUCAUGGAUCCAACUGCUAAUCAGGUUACUAAAAGCCUUGAAGCCUACUUGAAAGAAACGGCGCGGACUAUUGAGACCUUGGACGGGCACAGUGGUAUUCAGAUGAGAUUCAUCAUAGCAUCUGAAUAUCAUGAAGUAAUGAGACCAAAUUAUGAAAUUGCUGAACUGCUGCUCAAAAAUGGAACGCCGGUGGUCAACGGGAAGCCCAGUGAGAGUUCUGCCGACGCACAUCCUCCAGAUAUCAAGGAGCCAGACGCUGAUAAUCCAGAACAAAAAGUGUCCAGUGAUAAUUUUGUAUUUUAUGGAGGGUUCUGGAAACCAAACCAAGGUAUGAAGCAAGGCAACGCGCCACAGGCCAGCUUUCCAAAGGCUGAUUCUGUAAUACUCGGUGAUUUUGGAAGUCAUCCUAAAGUUGAAAAGGUUUCUGAGCCAAAGGCUGGUCAGCCGCCUGAAAUAGCAGUUGGAAAUUGUGGAGAGAAUCCGACGCACUCUGCAGCUGGACUGCUGCUCAAAAAUGGAACACCGGUGAUCAACGGGAAGCCCAGUGAGAGUUCUGCUGACGCACAUCCUCCAGGUAUGAAGCAAGGCAACGCGCCACAGGCCAGCUUUCCAAAGGCUGAUUCUGUAAUACUCAGUGAUUUUGGAAAUCAUCCUAAAGUUGAAAAGGUUUCUGAGCCAAAGGCUGGUCAGCCGCCUGAAGUAGCAGUUGGAAGUUGUGGAGAGAAUGUGACGCACUCUGCAGGUGAGACAAUUUCUGAACCAAAGCACAAAGACAUUUCUAAUGUAAAUGUUGGACUAUUUGAAGAGCAUGGAGACCAGCCUGAAGCAGGAUAUUCAAAGAUUCCAGUUAUUCACACCAGAAGUUUACCCGAAAAAAAGAACAAGAGAUGGCUCAUUACAGAAAGCAGAGCUGCUGAAGGGCUCCACUCGUCUCUGCUGCCUGUGUCUUUGACUGCAACUCCUUUACGGUAUCCUGACGUGUUUUCUGUGAAUGACUUCUCUGCUGCGGCUGCCAAUGCGCAGUAUAAUGGCUACGUGCAAGAAGCUCAUUGUGAUGACGAGCGGUUGUUCCAAACAUCUUUUCCUUGUGCAACACAUCCUGGAGGGACUUCUGGGGCUGCUCGAGUUCUGGCCUAUCCUGCCGCGUCUUUCCUUGCAUCUUCUCCAGGUUUUGAUGAUGGGCCGUUUGCUCGUGAGGGGUCCAGCAGUGCUUUUCCUGCCCCAAUUCAAGGUGACCAGUAUAUGUUAGAGAGCCCAGAAAGUGAGCGUGUCAGAAGGAAUGCUCAAGUAAGACUCUGUGUCACUAUUCCUAAUGGAGAAAAUGUUGACGACAACCUGAGAUACGUAGAGUUUGGAAACUGGUCAAGAGAAGAGAGCAGCAGCUUUAGUAACUUAAAGAGAAAAGCAGCCAUAAGAAGUGACGGAGAUUGUGAAGGCUCACCUUGGAAAGUUCCCACCUUGGACAAUGAGGCUCACGUGAAGGCCGAGGCCGAGUGCAGGACGCCCCAUAUGAAAGUGACGGUUGAGCAGCUGUCCAGAACGCUGCUGGAAUACAAGAAGAACUUGAAGAACGCAAAGAUCCUGCUGUCCAAGGAAGAAGAGCACAGCCGAGCGCUCCCUCCUCCCAGUGGCUAUGUGCGGAUCAGGCUGGACUCGGACCAUCGGGACUCCGGGGCCGCGGAGCAGAUGACCCCUCCAUCUCGGCCUUGUGUGGACAGUUCAGCCUGCCUUCUCGCCUUGUCUCGUAACGGAGGCGGCGGGGCAGAAGUCGAAUACGCCGUGAACAGCCUGUUGUCCGAACAAAGGAAUGCCACGUCAUUGCCGCUCUCAGCACAGCGUGAAUCUCGCCCACCAUUCAGAAUCCUCUCGGGGACGCAGUGCUGGGCACGCGGCUUUAACUGAGCCGCCAUUUUCAGGCCUCGUAGCCGAACUUGCAGUAAGCAGAGCCUGGCGGAGCGGCGGUGAAGAGAAUUGCAGGGGGCCGGGGGGACGCCUUGGCCGAUUGCGUGCCAUUUCUUUACCCUUCCGCUGGGCGCUUUUGCGGCGGCUGACAUUUCUGAAAUGUUGUUCGUUUGUACCUGUUAGGGUCUUCAUGAGCCACCUGCACAGGACGUCCACUGUGGUCUCCAGGGGUCCUCGACUCUCGGGGUUGUGUUGCAGAAGCUUUUUGACUGCUCUGUAAUUUUUGCUUGAUGAUUUUUUUUUAAGUGUCUUAAAAGCCCUGCUUACGUA